AUGGCUGCUAUUUGGGAUUGUGCUUUGAUCAUGUAUGUUGUUGGUGAUAAACCCUCCAUUGGGGCAGUAAUUAGGUAUAUUGAUAAAGAAUGGGGUCAUGUUGGUAAGCCUAAUGUGUUUCUACAUGAUGAGGGCUAUUUUGUGGUUAAAUUCUGCUCAAAAAGGGAUAGAGAUAAGGUACUGGUUGCUAGACCUCACACAUUCUUUGGUAGACCUAUGAUCACUAAGCCAUGGUCAUCAGAUUUUAAUUUCCAAGAGGAAAUUCUCAGGGUAAUUCCAGUUUGGGUGAAGUUCCCUAACUUGCCUCUGUGUUGUUGGGGCAUGGAUUCUCUCAGUAGGAUUGGGAGCCUUGUUGGGGUUCCUUUAUUUGCUGAUGAGUGUACCUCUAAGCAGUUGAGGAUUUCUUUUGCUAGACUCUUAAUUGAAGUUGAUGUUACUAAAAGUGUCACCAAGGUUGUUCAAAUACAAGACUCUUGUGGUAGAACUUUUAAUCAGAAAGUGGAGUAUGAAUGGCUUCCACCUUUUUGUAAGGAAUGUAAAAUAAUUGGGCAUGAUUGUUCAGUUAAAAAGGGUCAAACAAGAUAUCAACCUGUUACUCAUGUUCAACUAGUGCAGAAAAAGGUGACUAAGGUCUGGAAACCAAAGAAGGUGGUGAAUGCUGUUGUUUCUGUACCUGAACCUGCUGUUUCUGAAGAGAUCAAUCCAAGUUUGAUUGCUACUACCCCUUUGCACCAGGCACAGGUGAGUGAGGUUCAAGAUGAUGGAUGGAGAGUAGUAUCCAGGAGAAGGAGAGAGUCUAAACAUUAUGAUCAUCCUUUGGGAUUGGCUCAGGUUCCAAAAGUAGUUGAUGUAGUGGAGGGAUUUUCUAUAGAGGAGGAGGGUGAGGAUGCAGAGGUUGAGGAAGGAGAUAGGUAUCCACCAUGA